AACAAGGAUCAAGCAGUCAGUUGUAAAAUCUCGAGCGUAAAGCAUGUGUCUUCUUGUUAAAUAAUUUAUCGAGAAUGAUGAAUGAUCUCGAUCAAACAAUUAAUUAUUUUGUCAAUCUGCGACAAUUCAAAGUAAAAAUUAAAUAGAAGAACACAAUUAACAACGAUUUAAAUUUUUCUUUCUUCAUAUUGUUGAUAGUAGUCAAAUAUAAUCGAACAUAGAAAUUGUUUCAAUUGUGACGAACAACUACCAACAACAUUUUCUUCUAAUAAAUUUUAAAAAAUUAGCAUCGUGAUGGAGCUAUUUACAUUGCUCUUGACUAUCCUCGCAGUAGGUAUAUGUUUAUAUUACUUUGCUUUAAGCAAAGUAUCUCAUUUCAAGCGGCUGAAGAUUCCACAUAUACGACCGAUUCCGUUUUUCGGUAACAUGGCACCUUACAUAUUCCGACGUAUUUCUCUUCCGGAAAUCAUAUCCAGAGCACACAAUCUUUUUCCGGAGGCAAAAUAUAUCGGCUUCUACGAUCUUACAAGACCAGUGUACUUAAUUCGCGAUCCAGAAUUGAUCAACUCAAUUGCUAUUAAAAAUUUUGACAACUUCUGUGACCAUCGUAAUUUCGUGGACGACAGCGAGCCAAUGGCAAGUAAAAAUUUAUUCGGUCUACGAGGCGAUCACUGGCGCGAGAUGCGAAAACUUCUCACUCCAGCUUUCACAUCCAGUAAGAUGAAGAUGAUGUUCGGACUUAUGUGCGAAUGUGCCGAUAACUUCACCAAUUUUAUAGUGAAAGAAUCUGGAAAGAUUGGUAAGACAUAUAAUAUGAAAGAAAUGCUAUGCAGAUACACCAACGACGUAGUAGCCACGUGCGCUUUCGGCAUCAGCGUGGAUUCGUUUAAGAAUCCAAAUAAUGAGUUCUUCUCGCUUGGCAAAAAUACUUUUAACUUCGAUGGCCGGCUAUCGCUUAUGUUUUUCAUACAUUCUCAUUUUCCGUUUCUCACGAAGCUUUUUAAGUUGAGAAUGUUUUCCCCGAAAGUGGAAAAGUUCUUCAAAGAUAUCGUCUGCAGUACGGUAGAAAUUAGAGAUGAGAAGGGAAUUGUUCGACCAGACAUGAUCCAAUUGAUGAUGGAGAGCAGGAAGAAUGAUCAAGGACUUAAAAUCGACAUUGAAGAAAUGACCGCUCAAGCAUUCGUCUUUUUCUUCGGUGGAUUUGAUACUGUGUCAACAGCUAUGUGCUUCCUAGUACAUGAAGUCGCUACCAAAUCUGAUGUUCAGAACAGAUUGAGAGAAGAAAUCGAUCAGGUCGUCAAACAAACCAAUGGCAAGCCUACUUAUGAAGCCAUUAACAGCAUGAAAUACUUAGAUGCGGUUUUGAAUGAAACUCUCAGAUUGUAUCCGGUAGCAGGUUUUCUUGACAGGCUGUGCGUGAAAGAAUUCGUAUUGCCACCGGCAACUUCGGGUGGCAAAUCGAUCACAUUAAAGCCUGGAGAUGGCAUAUGGAUUUCAACUUACGCUCUACAUCACGAUCCUAACUAUUAUCCGCAGCCGAACAAGUUCGAUCCCGAUAGAUUUCUGAAUAACGAGGUAUACAAUUCGGUCUACGUUCCGUUUGGUCUUGGACCCAGACUUUGCAUAGGUAACAGAUUCGCUCUACUGAAAAUGAAGAUUAUGUUGUUUCAUCUACUAUGGCAUUGUGAUCUUGAACUUGACGCUAAAACCAAAAAUCCCAUAACACUGGAUAAAUGGUCAUUUGUCACAAUGAUGGAGGGAAUUUGCUGGUUGAAGUUGCGAGCAAGAAAAUCGAAAAAUCUGUAGAAGAAUGUUUAUUAAACAGAGUUGAGAACAGAGAUUAAUUAUAUAUAUACAUAUAUAUGAAUAGCAUACGCAUUUUAAGCCUGACAUUAUUAUAUAUCUAAAAUAGGCAUUCUUAUCAAAUAUAUAGGGUUUUUCUAGUAUAAAUAUUUAUAUAUAAUCUAAAG